AUGUCUCAAGCUACCAUUUUUUCCCGAAUAUACACUGCUGACCUGGACUUAAAUAAUAAAAAGUCAAAUGACGAACUCUUGGGAGAGGAAGAAGUGCACUCAAAGAUUACGUGUGCUGUCAUGUGUCAAAAGGAGUGUAGCGUGUUUGGAUACAAUCCUGUGAUGAAGAAGUGCCGGACCCAUAAGACAAUCUUUACAUCUAACGUGAUUGAAGAGGCUGGCUGGAGAUAUUUCUACAAUGAUUUCCUUCCUAUUGACUGUAAGGAUUUUCGUGAUAAUGGUCACACUAAUACAGGUGUGUAUGAAAUCUACCCCUUUGGGACCACCUUGCCUCCUAUCCGAGUUUAUUGUGACAUGGAUACAUUGGAUGGAGGAUGGACAGGAAAGAACUCCUCCCUCUACGUUUCCAUUACGUUAUCGAAUGGCACAGCGCUGUACCAGUUAUACAAUCAAUUCUCCAUUUCGGAUGAGGCAGACAAGUAUCAACUAUUUCUGGCAGGACCAACCACGGGAACUUUAGGUGACAGUAUGCUAAAUACUGGUUAUUCUUGGGCGAACCUGCUUGGGAUGUACUUCAGUACCCCAGAUAGAGAUAAUGAUAAAUGGACUGGGGGUAACUGUGCUACUAUCAGUAACGUAAGAGGAGGCUGGUGGUUCAAUGUAUGUCACCUGGCCUUCCUGAACGGUCAGUGGUCCCCGGGAGACUGGGGCGAUCCUUGGGAUCCAAUAAAUAUUGGUACAUCAGUUGUAGAGACGAUGAUGCUGAUCCGACGUUAUUAG